CCUACAAAUAGCCAGCUUCGGUCCUUCAACGCCGCGGGGACGGAGUGAGUGAGUGGGGUUAGCCGAGCAGUCCCCGGACAACUGACCGACCAGCUUGCGCUUCAAGACCAUCCAGCAACAGCUCCAUCUUCUAUACAGACUGACAACAAAUCCGAGCACUACCAUGAUCCAGCUACAGGCAUUGAGAAGGCAAUGCCUCUUUUCCUCCUCUCGACCCUUAUUACUGACUACCCGUCUUCUCUCAACCUCUCCUUCUCUGCAGAAUGCCCCAUCGUCGGCCGCGAAUUCCCCGUCGGCAACAGUGCCUACCGCAAAGAAACCACACGGCAUUGAUCCCCGAUGGCUUACCAUGACCAAGCGCAGACUCGGUCGCUGCAUGAUGUUUGGCCUCAAACCGCCCCAGACCCAAGAGGCCGGAGACCUGCUGCGACAGAUUGCGCGGGAUUGGCGGGAGCUCAUCGCAGGCAGCGAGGGAUAUCUGACCGAUGCAACGAGGCGGGGAUUGUUCAAGCAGGCUGUUGCAUGGGGAGAGAUGGAUAGCAUGGGACAUGUCAACAACGUCACCUACGCCCGGUACGCCGAAACCGCCCGUGUAUAUUUCACGCGGAACAUGGCAAUGCACAUCGACCCGGCCCAUAAGAAGGAAUGGAUGAACCUUAUCAGCUCCAAAGGAAUCGGACUGAUCAUGCGGAGCAUCAAGAUUGACUAUAAAUUCCCAAUGACCUACCCCGACCAGGUCACAGUCUAUCACAAACUGGUCCAUGACCCUGCGGCGCCCGAUGCAUCGCCGUACGCAUUCAACCUGCAGGCCAUCAUCCUCUCGGAAGCGCGCUUCCGGCCCGCCGCUCGCGUCCAUGAGGACCUGGUCAUGUAUGACUACAAGCAGGGGAAGAAGACCGCGCUCCCGCCAUUUUUGUACGAGCAGUUCAAGAAGACCUGGGAGCUUCAAGAGCAGACCAAGGAGCAUUGGCGACAGCGCAUUCUGGACAUUGAAGCCAGGGUUCGGACGCUAGAGGUCGAGAGCUGGGACCGCGAGGAUGCGGUUGAGGAUACCGGGUCUUCCAAACAAUGAGGGCUGAUGUUUCCAUCGAGGAGUGGGAUGUAGCUCUGCGGGGUCAGACCAUGCGAUCGAGUGAAUUCCGUGGGAAGGGAGCGAGUAUACAUAUACAUGCCGUAUUUUUAGAGUUGCUAGUUUGAGGAGCUUGUAUAAAGUUAUCGGCGAGCGAGAAAUACACUGCGCGGUCACAUGUCAACACCGGUUUCUGACAUCAAGGCUGU